GAGCCCGGCGGGCCCGCCCCCGGGGCGGAACGGGGCGGCUCCCGGCGCGAGCCCCCGCCCAGCCGACCCGCCGCUCUCUCCCCCUCGCUCGCUCCGCCGGGCGUGCAGGGCCCCGCCGCCGCCGCCGCCAUGUCGGGCUCGUUCGAGCUCUCGGUGCAGGAUCUCAACGACCUGCUCUCGGACGGCAGCGGCUGCUACAGCCUCCCGAGCCAGCCCUGCAACGAGGUCACCCCGCGGAUCUACGUGGGCAACGCGUCUGUGGCUCAGGAUAUCCCCAAGCUGCAGAAACUGGGCAUCACCCAUGUCCUGAACGCGGCUGAGGGCAGGUCCUUCAUGCACGUCAACACCAAUGCCAACUUCUACAAGGACUCCGGCAUCACCUACCUGGGUAUUAAGGCCAACGACACACAGGAGUUCAACCUCAGCGCUUACUUUGAAAGGGCUGCUGACUUCAUUGACCAGGCUUUGGCGCAAAAGAACGGCCGGGUGCUGGUCCACUGCCGGGAAGGUUACAGCCGCUCCCCAACGCUGGUAAUCGCCUACCUCAUGAUGCGGCAGAAGAUGGACGUCAAGUCUGCCCUGAGCAUCGUGAGGCAGAACCGUGAGAUUGGCCCCAACGACGGUUUCCUGGCCCAGCUCUGCCAGCUCAAUGACAGACUCGCCAAGGAGGGGAAGUUGAAACCCUAGGGCACCCUGCUGCCUCUGCUCUCGAGGUCCGCAGGGGGAGGCCCUGGGCAAAGGUGUCCCGAGCUGCCAUGUUUAGGAAACACACCGUCCCUGCUCCCAGCAUCACAAGGCACCUGUCUACGAGUCUGCCCCAACACAGCCCUGGGCCACUUCCCCCACCCUGGGGAGCACAUAAAGCAGCUUACCGAGGGGGCAUCCUCGCUCCCUGGUUGUCCUGUUUCUGUAAUUUAUGAUGUCUUUUCCCUGAGAUGGGGGCGCAGAGGGGGAAGGCCUGUGGCCUGCAUGCUUCCCGACGGGCCCAGGGCGGGAGGCGUGUGGACACUCACAGAGGGCCCUUAUGACCUUUCCUCCCCCACCCCCAAAUCCUCUCGAGUGGGGACCUCAACACCUUGAACCCUAGGAAAGGAACUAUGCAAAUGCAGGCCACUAUCCCCACCACGUCCGUGCUCCACCGUCCCCACGGCCUUCCACACCCUGCGCAUAGGAAGCGCGCUCACGUCUUAAGGUCCGAAGCUGGGGCGGGGGCGUCCGGCAGUUAUGAGUGGAGGGAGAUUCCCAGGGCAAGGCUGCAUUUGAAUGAUUUCCUUAGGAUGAAUGGUCCCUACGCAAAGAGGCCCUUCGGUGGGCAAACAGAUUCUCCUGGAGAACCCUCCUAAAUCCAUAGAGUUUUCAACAUGAGACUCUUUGGAAGCUGUGAGUUCGGAAUCCGCUGCUGUGGCGUAUUUCCCUCGGACCUUAUCUCUGCCCCUUCAUUUUUGAGAAGAGCGAUGCCUUUGGCAUGCUUUUUUUCUUUCUUUUUUAGAAAACAGGGUGUUGAAGUCCCGCCUAUUUAAAAACCCCACCAUUUGGAGAAUUACAAGGGUCUUGUCCUGAAUGGUAGUGUUGGCAAGCCCAAGCCAGUGUGCUAACUGCUUUUGUCCUUGCUAUCCCAGGGUCAGGAGGAGGAAGUUGGCCGAUUACAUCGUGUGUGCGUGAGCGUGUGGGGGUGUGCCUCUCGGAAACUCGGCCAGGGGACGAGCAGGGAAGUGACAGGUCCCAGGCACACACCCGGGCCAUUGCAGGUGGCUCUUCUAGCUCUCUGCUGCCAGCACAGGAUCCCUGGAGUGACUCAGCCAGGCAGGCAUGAGACAUGGCGGAGUGUCCACGUGGAUCCUUUACUGGUGGCAGAGCAAAAAACACAAGCAACCUUUUAAAAGACUUUUUAAGGGUGAUAUUGGAAUGCACUAGCCCUCACCUGUGUAUGCACAUUUGCCAGAAUGUAAGAGUUUCAUUUUAAACACAGUCUUGUUAGGAUUUUACGUUACUGUUAUUAUGGAAAAUGAUUGUGAUGCUAUUUAUCUUCAGGGUCACUCUGGGCAAAGAGAAGGUCCUCAGCCAUGCCCCCGGCACGGAGCGUAGAGAUGUCUGAUAAAAGUUGAACAAAUUCAAUGCUUUUUGAGCACCAAAUAUGUGUAGGGCGUUGUUCUGGUGGGUGUAUCAUGCUCCCGGAAGCCUGAAUUCAAGGUAGGAUCACUUGCAAGGCCUUGUGAAGGACUCUUACCUAACAUGAAGGAAAUAUCAGGGACUUUUGUUGACUCUUUACAACUCAGUUUUACAUUUAAGUUCAGGCAGUGUUAACAUGCCAAGGUGGGAAUGUGCCUUUUUCAGAGUUGGCCAGGAGCUCCUGGCUGGGACAUGGAGAAGCAGGUGGGCCAUAAGGCCCCACUCCCGGCGAUGAAGGUCUCUGAUCACACAGGAGCAGCCCUGCCCAGCCUGGUCAUUUGCUGUCCCCUUUUCUCUGUGACCACAGCAGCUCUGAACAACUAGGAUGUGUCUUCUCCAGAUAGUGAAAAGGGUGUCCAGAUAGACCCACCUGAGCGACACGGCCGUCCUCUAAACUGGGUGCCUUGCUGCACAGCUUCCACGUAGCCUUCCAGCCUCAUCAGACCUGAGCCUCGCAGUAACCCAGGAACAACUGAUGUCAAGAAUCACUGAAGAGGCAACAGUGAUGGUCCUUCCAAGUCAAGGCUUCCUCCUGAUUGGAGAUAGAGGACAUUUCAGGUUGAGAGAAUAGAUUGGCUGGAAAGUAACUUUGGUUGCCUCUUACCUCUGCCAAAUUUUGGGGUAGUUUGUGAAAGAAUGAAUUUUCUAGACAGAAAAGGGAGAGCUACCAAAUUGUUUUUUAAAAGGAAGUUUAACGUCCAUUGUAUCACCAAUCAGUGUUAAAACACAAAAACUGUAGCCAAAAUAAAUGUCUUACAUUACAAA